CUCGUGUGCUUGGCCGUGGUUUCUCUGGAGUCUUUGAUUAUAUUUGUGGAUUUUUGUUGAGGACUUUUUUUCCUGUAAUUCGUUACAGUGAGUUUUCUUUCCCGCUGGCAUUUAAGGAGGCAAUUUUUGGAGAAAAUAAACUAUUCCUUUUUUGGGCUAAAUCCUGAACCUGUCUGGUGUCGUGCGAUUGGGUCCGAGGACAGAAUUCCUACAUCCUUGGAUGUACAUCCUUGGAGUGUAACGUUAACGAUGAAGGCAGGAAGUGUGUGAAGGCAGCAGCAUGUGGAGGUGGAAGUGGAAGAGGAAGGACGAGAGAGUUCCUCCGGAACAGAGGAGAGGACGAGGAGCUCAGAGCAUUCAGCCUCAAACACAUGACGAUGUGACGUCUGAGGACCAGGAUGACUCCAGGGAAGUGAUGACCUCCAGGAAUGACAGCUAUACUGUAAAAAUGUGGUUGAAGGCCACUUUGAAGAAUUUGGACUCCAGUGGGCUGAAGGAAUUCCAGUGGUACCUGAAUAAUGCAGAUCAAUCAAAGGAUGGUUUCAACCCGAUCGAACUGUGUUAUCUGGAAAAGGCGGACAGAUUGGACACAGUAAAUCUGAUGAUGCAGCGGUACUCCUCAAAGACCAGAGAGGUGGCCGAGAUGAUUUUAAAGAAGAUGAAAAGUGAUAAAGUCUCUCCAGCUGGUGCAACAGGUAUGUCAGUUGCAGUUUGUAAAAAGCAGCUGAAGUCUGAGCUGCAGAAGAAGUACCAGUGUGUUUCUGAGGGGAUUGCGAAAGCAGGAAACAAAACCCUUCUGGAGCAGAUCUACACGGAGCUCUACAUCACAGAGGGAGGGACCGGAGAGGUCAACAAAGAACAUGAAGUCAGACAGAUUGAAGCAGCUUCCAGGAAACCACACAGAGCAGAAACAACCAUCAGACAGGAAGACAUCCUUAAACUCCCACCUGGAAGAGGAGGAUCAAUCAGAACGGUGAUGACGAAGGGAGUGGCCGGCAUCGGGAAAACAGUCCUAACACAGAAGUUCAGUCUGGACUGGGCUGAAGGAAGAACCAACCAGGACAUCCAGUUCCUGCUUCCAUUCACCUUCAGAGAGCUGAAUGUGCUGAGAGAGGAGAAGUUCAGCUUGGUGGAAUUAGUUCAUCACUUCUUCUCUGAAACCAGAGGAAUCUGCAGCUUUAAAGAGUUCCAGGUCGUGUUCAUCUUUGACGGUCUGGAUGAGAGUCAACUUCCUCUGGACUUCCCCAAAUCUACAAUCGUCAAUGACCCCAGAAGGUCCACCUCAGUGGACGUGCUGCUGACAAACCUCAUCAGGGGGAACCUGCUUCCUUCUGCUCGUCUCUGGAUCACCACACGACCCGCAGCAGCCAAUCAGAUCCCUCCUGAGUGUGUUGACAUGGUGACAGAAGUCAGAGGGUUCACUGACUCACAGAAGGAGGAAUACUUCAGGAAGAGGUUCAGAGAUGAGGAGCAGACCAGCAGGAUCAUCUCCCACAUCAAGACAUCACGGAGCCUCCACAUCAUGUGCCACAUCCCAGUGUUCUGCUGGAUCACUGCUACGGUCCUGGAGAACGUCCUGGAGAACGUCCUGGAAACCAGAGAGGGAGGGGAGCUGCCUAAGACCCUGACUGAGAUGUACAUCCACUUCCUGGUGGUCCAGGCCAAACUGAAGAAGGUCAAGUAUGACGGAGGAGCUGGGACGGAUCCACACUGGAGUCCAGACAGCAGGAAGAUGGUGGAGUCUCUGGGAAAACUGGCUUUUGAGCAGCUGCAGAAAGGAAACCUGAUCUUCUAUGAACCAGACCUGAGAGAGUGUGGCAUCGAUGUCAGAGAGGCUUCAGUGUACUCGGGAGUGUUCACCCAGAUCUUUAGAGAGGAGAGUGACCUGUACCAGGACCAGGUCUUCUGCUUCAUCCAUCUGAGUGUCCAGGAGUUUCUGGCUGCUCUUCAUGUCCAUCAGACCUUCAUCAGCUCUGGAGUCAACCUGCUGGAGGAACAAAGAAACACCUCCAGGUCGUUUAAAACAAGAGCAGAGACUGACCUCUAUCAGACAGCUGUGGACAAGGCCUUACAGAGUCCCAACGGACACCUGGACUUGUUCCUGCGCUUCCUCCUGGGUCUUUCAGUGGAGACCAAUCAGAUUCUCCUACGAGGUCUGUUGGAACCAAAACAAAUAAGUUCACAGAACAAUCAGAAAACAGUUGAAUACAUCAAGUGGAAGAUCAGUAAGUAUCUGUCUACAGAGAGAAGCAUCAACCUGUUCCACUGUCUGAAUGAACUGAACGAUCGGUCUCUGGUGGAGGAGGUCCAACAGUACCUGAGGUCUGGACGUCUCUCCAGAAAUUAUCUGUCUCCUGCUGAGUGGUCGGCUCUGGCCUUCAUCUUACUGUCAUCAGAAGAAGAUCUGGAGGUGUUUGACCUGAAGAAGUUCUCAGCUUCAGAGUGGGCUCUACGGAGGCUGCUGCCGGUGGUCAAAGCCUCCAAGAAAGCUGUGUUGAGUGGCUGUAACCUCUCAGAGGACAUCUGUCCACGUCUGUCCUCAGUUCUCAGCUCUCAGUCCUCCAGUGUGACAGAACUGGACCUGAGGAACAACGACCUGUAUGAUUAUGGACUGAAGCAGCUGUGUCCUGGACUGGAGAGUCCACACUGUCACCUGGAGUCUCUCAGACUGAGUGGCUGUAACCUCUCAGGGAACAUCUGUGCAGAUCUGUCCUCAGUUCUCAGCUCUCAGUCCUCCAGUCUGACAGAACUGGACCUGAGCAACAACCCCCUGCAGGAUUCUGGACUGGAGCAGCUUUGUCCUGGACUGGAGAGUCCACACUGUCACCUGGAGUCUCUCAGACUGAGUGGCUGUUACCUCUCAGGGAACAUCUGUCCACUUCUGUCCUCAGUUCUCAGAUCUCAGUCCUCCAGUCUGACAGAACUGGACCUGAGCUACAACGACCUGCAGGAUUCUGGACUGAAGCAGCUGUGUCCUGGACUGGAGAGUCCACACUGUCACCUGGAGUCUCUCAGGUUGAGUUUCUGUGACCUCUCAGGGAACAUCUGUCCACUUCUGUCCUCAGUUCUCAGCUCUCAGUCAUCCAGUCUGACAGAACUGGACCUGAGCAACAACGACCUGCAGGAUUCUGGACUGGAGCAGCUGUGUCCUGGACUGGAGAGUCCACACUGUCACCUGGAGUCUCUCAGGCUGUCAGGCUGUCUGAUCUCAGAGGAAGGAAGUUCUUCUCUGGUCUCAGCUCUGACCUCCAACCCCUCCCACCUGAGAGAGCUGGACCUGAGCUACAACCAUCCAGGGGAGUCAGCAGGGAAGCUUCUGUCUAGACUGGAGGAUCCCCGCUGGAGACUGGACACUCUCAGGGUGGAGCCUGCUGGACAACGAUGGUUGACACCAGGUCUGAGGAAGUAUUCCUGUCAACUCACCGUCGACACAAACACAGUCCACAAACGCAUCAAACUGUCUGACAACAACAGGAAGAUGAUGUUGGUGGAGGAGGAUCAGUCAUAUCCUGAUCAUCCAGACAGGUUUUAUGGUAAACCACAGCUGCUGUGUAGAGAAGUUCUGACGGGUCGCUGUUACUGGGAGGUCCAGUGGAGAGGACAUGUUUCUGUAUCAGUGACUUACAGAAAAACCAGCAGGAAAGGAAACUCUGAUGACUGUGAGUUUGGAUGGAACAAUCAUUCCUGGAGUCUGGAUUGUUUUCCAGGUGGUGAGUACCGUGUCCUUCACUAUAACGGAGAAACAUCCACCUCCUCAUCUCCAUCUCCAGCCUCUGACAGACUAGCAGUGUACGUGGACGUUCCUGCUGGAACUCUGUCCUUCUAUGAAGUCGUCUCUGACAGACUGAUCCACAUCCACACCUUCAACACCACCUUCACUGAACCAAUCUAUGCUGGAUUUGGACUCUUGUCCAGGUUCAGUUCUGGUUCCUCAGUGUCUCUGUGUCCAUCUGUUCCUGUUCUGGUGUUGAGGGAGUGGAACCAGCAGGUCAUAAAGAAGCUGAGGGAGUGGAACCAGCAGGUCAUGGAGAAGGUCAUGAUGCUUUCCAGGAAGGCGAGGUUGUCAAAGAUGGUGCCCAGGUAUUUGUACUCGACGACUGUCUCCACUGGCUUCCCGUGGAUGGUCGUGGUGACUGCAGCAGCCAGAUCCCUCUGUCUGCUGGAGAAGGUCACCACCAUCUCUUUGGUCUUGCUGGGGUUCUCUGGUCCUCCUGAGGGCACUCACCACGUCCACAGUCCUGAAGGUUCUCUGGUCCUCCUGAGGGCACUCACCACGUCCACAGUCCUGAAGGUGAUCGGAGCAGUUUUUAAGCUGCCAGCAGCCCCAUUUCAGGGCAAAAGCACCGCAGAUGAUUCACGUUUAACGGACUUACAGCUGGAACUGAAGGACGAAGGAGCCGACGGUUCGACACGUCCAGAUGUUGGAGCUGAGUCGGUGAAUGAGAGCAGCAGUUCAGCUGAAGACCAGCAGAACAGUUGGAGACACAACUACAUUUUCUUCCAUCACAGUGAAAUAACCUGGUUGUUGUUCUUUUCUUCCGUCUGCAGACUGAGUGUCUGUAACCUCUCAGGGAACAUCUGUCCACUUCUGUCCUCAGUUCUCAGCUCUCAGUCCUCCAGUGUGACAGAACUGGACCUGAGCAACAACGACCUGCAGGAUUCUGGACUGGAGCAGCUGUGUCCUGGACUGGAGAGUCCACACUGUCACCUGGAGUCUCUCAGGUUGAGUCUCUGUAAUCUCUCAGAGGACAUCUGUCCACUUCUGUCCUCAGUUCUCAGCUCUCAGUCCUCCAGUCUGACAGAACUGGACCUGAGCAACAACGACCUGCAGGAUUCUGGACUGGAGCAGCUGUGUCCUGGACUGGAGAGUCCACACUGUAAACUGGAGUCUCUCAGGCUGUCAGGCUGUCUGAUCUCAGAGGAAGGAAGUUCUUCUCUGGUCUCAGCUCUGACCUCCAACCCCUCCCACCUGAGAGAGCUGGACCUGAGCUACAACCAUCCAGGAGAGUCAGCAGGGAAGCUUCAGUCUAGACUGGAGGAUCCCCGCUGGAGACUGGACACUCUCAGGGUGGAGCCUGCUGGACAACGAUGGUUGAAACCAGGUCUGAGGAAGUAUUCCUGUCAACUCACCAUCGACACAAACACAGUCCACAACUACAUCAAACUGUCUGAUGACAACAGGAAGAUGACGUUUGGGGAGGAGUAUCAGUCAUAUCCUGAUCAUCCAGACAGGUUUGAUGGUGAUGAUCAGCAGCUGCUGUGUAGAGAAGUUCUGACGGGUCGCUGUUACUGGGAGGUCCAGUGGAGCGGACAUGUUUCUGUAUCAGUGAGUUACAGAAGAAUCAGCAGGAGAGGAGACUCUGUUGACUGUAGGUUUGGAGAAAACGAUCAUUCCUGGAGUCUGGACUGUUAUCCAGGUUAUCAGUACCAUUUCCUUCACAAUAACAGAGUUACAUCCGUCACCUCCUCAUCUCCACGUCCAUACGCUGGCAGAGCAGCAGUGUACGUGGACGUUCCUGCUGGAACUCUGUCCUUCUACGAAGUCGUCUCUGACAGACUGAUCCACAUCCACACCUUCAACACCAGCUUCACUGAACCUCUCUAUGCUGGAUUUGGAAUCUGGUUAAUUUCUGGUUCCUCAGUGUCUCUGUGUCCAGUUUAGUCUCCAGAGUCUCCUGUCAGAGAAACUGUCUCUGUUGGAUCCUGGACUUGGACUCUGGUUCUGGUUCCUCAGUGUCUCCAUGAUGAUGAUGAUGAAGAUGAUGAUGGUGAUGAUGAUGAUGAUGAUGAUGAUGAUGAUGAUGAUGAUGAUGAUGAUGAUGAUGAUGAUGAUGACGAUGGUGAUGAUGAUCAUCAUCACCAUUUAUCUUUAGUUUUUUGGUUUAUUGUAAUUUUAUUUGAUCUUUUUUCACAUUUAAACAUUAAAUAAUUUACUGGAUUGUUGAUAUUUGAUCAUAAAUUAGAUUUUUAUCUCAUUAUUCUUGUUUUAUUCUUGAUUCUGUCUCUAAAUGUUUUCAUGUUUGACUUCACGUUUAAAUUCUUAAAGUCUUGUUUCUUCCCUGAAAUGAAGUUUGAGCUUCAAAUCUAAACAUUUCCAUUUUACAAUUAACUUUUCCAGUUUGUAUAAUAUUUGAUUGAUUUAUCUGAUUGUUUUAAUUUGAUUCCUUCAGUUUUCAAAUUUGUUGAUGUUAAAAUGAAGUGAGAAGAGGGAAAUAUUCAUGUAACAUCCAACAUGUAAAAACAUCAGCAACAUGUGUAAAAGUAUUCAAGUACUCUUGAAAUAAAC